AUAUUUACUUUUUUCCCCCCUAAUUUUAAUAGCUAAUUGACAAUAAUAAUUUAAACACUAAAAUGUAAGGUCUAUCGUUCGUUUUUAAACGGAACCCUAAUAUUGAAAUAUCAAACAUAUUGUAAUUAGGUUAAGUAAAGAACUCUUAUCGUUAUUACCUUAGACUACCUUUCCGCGUGCUUACUAUUAAUUACCUUAAUAUAUUCUGCUUACAGUAUAAAUACCAAUGUAUUUAAUUAUUUACAUAUUUCCAAAAUUUCAAGAAUGUUCUCUAUUUUGAUGUACGUUGCGUCGUUAGUGAUUGUAGGUGAUAGUUUGACUAUUGAGCAAUUGUCUAGAAUACCAGAGGUGCGGCGAUUCCAGCAGUACAUACAGAUAGACACGGUUACAGGAAAAGAUCUUACACCAGCUGUUAACUUCUGGAGAAGACAUGCAUUAAUUGCCCGAGCAAAGUUCUCUACUUAUGAGGCAAUAGAAGGUUAUCCUGUGGUGAUUCUGAAAUGGCCAGGAAAGAAUUCCUCGCUGCCUAGCAUGGCGCUAGUCACGCAUAUGGAUGUCGUGCCAGCAGACAUGAGGGAAGGGUGGACAUACCCGCCAUUUUCUGCGCAUAUAGACGACAACGGUGAUAUUUACGGGCGCGGCACGCAAGAGAAGUCCGUCUCGAUGCAACAGUACGAGGCUCUUAUGCGAAUGAGAAAGCAAUCCGCUGCUCUUAGGGAUGUCUACAUGAUUCUUACGCCAGAUAAGGAAACAGGAUCGAGAAAUGGUAUUGCGCUAUUUUUAAAAAGCAAAACGUUCAAAGAGUUUAGAGUUGGAUAUUUCCUUACUAUUGGAGUACCUUCAUCCAAUGAAAACAUCGCUUUAUUAUACCGUGGCAAGACACGAUGGUCAUUCGAAGUGAAAUGUACCGGACCAAGCGGUGACAGCACUUUGUUAAUAGAUCCAGCUGUUUCAGCAGAUGGAACGUGUGGGCGCUUCUACAUGUCUUACACAAAGUACAGAAAUCAACAGUACGAAGCGGCUCAAAAACUUAAAUUUUGCGACAUGGACAACAUCACUGUUAUUAAUUUCGUGGGACCAAAAGUUAAUACUCUACUGGGUGUAAUACCUUCUACCAUUAAUUUGUAUUACGACUCAUUUCUGGCGGUUAAUACGAGCUUCGCACAGUUUGAAAAAAUCGUUUACGAGUGGCUUAAAGAGGCAGGGCCUAAUGCCAAGCUAAGGACAUUACUGCGUCAGGAAGCCGGCCCCGAGUCUGUGGUGGACGAUGACAAUCCUUACUACGACUCUUUGCAAGUGGCUUCCACAAACUUGGAUAUAGCAUUCUGCCCCCGCACCGCCUCUCAACCUGAAGAGGCAGCGUACGUGGCGGCUGCAGGCUAUCCUGUCUUCGGCCUGUCUCCUAUAACAGGCACUGAGAAUCUCGUCCACGCUGUCAACGAACGACUCAAUAUACAUACGUUCUUGGACGGAAUCACAAUCUUCGAGGAGAUUUUUAAACAAUUAUUCAAUUUAUCUCCAGACAAAGUAUCCAACGAUCCCAGCGGUUAUCUGACGCCAAAAAGUAACUGAUGUUUUUGUUUUGAUGAUAAGUUUGAAUAAAGUAUUGAUUUAAUAAAAUGAAGCUUGAUUGUGUUUCAAUAAGAAUAUUAAUUAAUAAAUAUUUAUAAUAUCCUUUA